AUGGAACUCAUGACCUUAAGUUUCCAAGUCGAGCGUGGUACAUUUAGACAAGUGAAUAGAAGUCUAUUGGUUUCACUGACUAUUGUUAUUCAAUUUAAUACAGAGCAUAUAAUAACAAACGUCCAAGGAAAGCUAUAUUUUGGAAAUCCCAAGCGAAACAGUUGGUUUCAAUAU